AUGAGUGGUCUUCUCGGUGUGAAGCGUAGCUCCAUCGACGUGUUCAUUCGCGUACGCCCAAUUCGGGUGGAGUUGCACGAGACGAGCGCCGCGUGGGACAUCAGUGCCACCACGCUGCGGGAAAAGGGCAAUCCUGACAAUUUAUUCACCUUUGAUCACGUCUACAACACUACCGACACCACGCAGGAGCUGUAUGAGCGCAGCGUACGCAGUAGCAUCGUGGCAAAUGUCGCAAAGGGGUAUAACGGCACAGUGUUCGCGUACGGUCAGACAGGUAGCGGCAAAUCGUACACAAUGCUUGGCGACGAUGGGAGCAGCAGGGCCAGCAAUAAAAUCAAUGCGCCAGAGGGAGUUGUCGAGAUGUCAGUUCGAGAUCUCUUUGCCGACCUCGAGAAAGAGCAGCAGAAGAACCCAUCCAUGCAGGUGGCGGUGUACGUGACGAUGAUUGAGAUCUACAAUGAGCAGAUGCGGGACCUGCUGCUUGUGCCGGGGGCGGUGGCCGCGCCGCUCUCCAUCCGUGAGAACGAACACGGUGUCUACGUGCACAACGCUAUUAGGCGGGAGGUGACGAGUGCGCGUGCGUGCUUUCAGCUCAUCCAGACACAGGCGGAAGGCCGCGUGAGUGCGUCCACUGUGAUGAAUGAGCACUCGAGCCGGUCACACUGCGUGAUCCGUAUCCUCGUGGAGAAAACCAUCCCGCUCGAGGAGGACAGCGACGUCUCGUCCGGCAGCGAGGAGGAAGAGGAUGAGGAGCUGUGUGGAAUGAAGAAGAAAGUUGUGGCGACCCUCAACCUUGUCGACCUGGCUGGAUCGGAGCGGGUAGCGAAGACCGGCUCGACGGGUAUACGCCGAGUGGAGGGCGGCCAUAUCAACAAAUCCCUCACAAUCCUCGCGACGGUCAUUAGCCGAUUGACGGAGUGUGUCAACAACGUUCGGAGCAGCAGCAAUAAUAGUAAUAAUAAUACUAAUAACACCGCAAGUGGAGGUACAACCGCGUUUGUGCCCUACCGCGACUCGCGCCUCACCCACCUCCUCAAGACGGCGAUUGGUGGGAACUCCCUGACGGCUGUCUUUUGCUGCAUCACGCCGGCAGUGCAGAACGUUGAUGAGUCGCGAAGCACACUGCAGUUUGCAGCACGUGUGAAGGCAAUCAAAAAUAAGGUGUCGGUCAAUGAGAUAGCAGACCCCAAAACAAGGCUGCGAGAAGCUGAGAUCGACCUACGACGCUACAAGCGUAUGAUGGUGGCGACCACAAUAUACUUAUGGAGUAAGAGUGUGCGAAUUAAGCACCUUGAGCAGAAGAUGGACGAACUUCUCCUUUCUGGGGUGGCUAGAACUCCAACUACUGUGACUACUGCUGCUGAUACUGCUGGUAGUGAUGGGGUGUCUCACACCACACCAAGUGAGCAACAGCGAAUUAUCAUUGAGCGGCUCACAGAGCAGAAUGAGGAGCUGUUGCAGGAACUUUCCAAAGCACGAGAUGCACUAAAGCAACAGUCUGAAGUUGCAGGAAACACCUAUAGUGGAACAGCUGCCGCUGCCGCGAUGGUCCUUGCCGAUGACGAAGAAAAGCAUCAGCUCCGCGCGGAUGUGCGGGAUUUAGAACAGAUGCUGAAGGAAGUGCUCGACGAGAAGAGCGCCAUUCAGCAGUCCAUGGAUGAGCUUGACAGCUUCUGUAAGGAGCUCGAGGAUGAAAACGCGGUGCAUGCCUCCUCACUAAAGAAGCUGCAGACGACGUGUAAAGAGCUUCAAGCACUCGUCGACGCCAAGGACGCCGCAGAGGGUGCCGCCAAGGAGGAGUCGCAUCUAUUGAAGGAGCAGCUCGCCAAGACACAGUCCAAGCUGCUUGAAAAGGGUCGCUACGACGACUACCUGCAGCAGCUUACUAAACUGCACAUUGAGCACCAGGAGUUACAGUUCUCCCACCACCAACUCCAGGAAAAACACAACCGCGAGUUGGGCGAAGAACGUGCACAGAUUGAGGGAUUGCAGUCGAAGAUUGAGGAGCUCGAGGACGAGGCUGCAGAGUUGCGGGACGCAAACAAGCUGCAGAACUCGUACCUCUGGAGGCUUCUCGGUGUGGCGUCUGUCGUGUCGCACGGCAAGGCACUGAACCCGGAGGAGGCCACUACCACUGUUCGCGGCGCACAAGUCGACGCGGCCGUCAAAACACUCACUACGGUCGUGUUGGCGUCGCUCGAGAGGCCACCUGGUGUGCUCGAGUCAGCUGAGGUCAACCACCAGGUGCCGCAGCCGAGCACCUCCCGCAAAGAGAUAAAUGACAACGGCAGUGGUAACAUCAAUAGUGAUGGCAAUAAUGGUGGUGGCGAUGCGGCUCUGCAGAAGCGUAUAGAAGAGCUGCAGCAGCAACUUAUCGCAAGAGACGCACAGCGUGAUGUGAUCAUCGACAGCAAGCUGAAGCGCAUGCAAAACCUCGCGCUGCGCCUUCACACGACAAAUGCAGCUCUUGUCGAGGAGUUGCGACAGUCCUUUGCACUCAGUGAGGAGCUCUUCCGCUUCGUUGACAAGCACCCGAAGCUUGCUCCCAAGUUGGCGAAGGCGGGUCUCGUGCCCACGUCGUUCAAGACUGCUGUAGAACGGGCCAUGCUCGCAAAAGUCCCCAUGAAACAGUAUGGUCACAACUGA